AUGUAUGCGGGGCUGCAGGAGCUGGGGGUGGCCAACGGCGAGGACCUGAAGGAGACGCUGACCAACUGCACGGAGCCGCUGAAGGCCAUCGAGCAGUUCCAGACAGAAAAUGGAGUGCUCCUGCCCUCGCUGCAGUCGGCCCUGCCCUUCCUGGACCUGCACGGCACCCCCCGGCUGGAGUUCCACCAGUCGGUUUUCGACGAGCUGAGGGAGAAGCUGCUGGAGAGGGUCUCUGCCAUCGCUUUGGAAGGGAAGGUUGAGGAGAGAUACAAGAAGCUGGAAGAUCUCCUAGAGAAGAGCUUUUCCCUGGUCAAGAUGCCUUCCAUACAGCCUGUGGUAAUGUGUGUCAUGAAGCACUUGCCCAAGGUCCCUGAAAAGAAGCUGAAGUUAGUAAUGGCCGAUAAGGAUUUAUAUAAAGCAUGUGCAGUGGAGGUGAAGCGCCAGAUUUGGCAGGAUAACCAGGCUCUGUUUGGUGAUGAGGUAUCUCCACUGCUGAAGCAGUAUAUCCUGGAGAAAGAAAAUAUUCUCUUCAGCAAUGAUAUUUCUGUCUUGCACAAUUUCUUCAGUCCGUCUCCCAAAACAAGACGUCAGGGAGAGGUGGUUCAGAAGCUGACCCAGAUGAUUGGGAAGAACGUGAAGCUCUAUGAUAUGGUGUUGCAGUUUCUGAGAACCUUGUUCCUUCGGACAAGGAAUGUUCAUUACUGCACGCUACGGGCAGAGCUCCUGAUGUCGCUGCAUGACCUGGAAAUCAGUGAAAUCUGCACCGUUGACCCCUGUCAUAAGUUCACCUGGUGCCUUGAUGCCUGCAUUCGGGAGAAGUUUGUGGACAACAAGAGAGCUCGGGAAUUGCAAGGGUUUCUGGAUGGAGUGAAGAAAGGACAAGAACAAGUGUUGGGGGACUUAUCAAUGAUCUUGUGUGAUCCCUUUGCCAUUAACACCUUAGCCUUGAGUACCAUAAGGCACCUGCAAGACCUGGUUGGACAGGACACCUUACCCAGGGAAAGCCCGGAUCUGCUGCUGCUCCUUAGGAUGCUGUCUUUGGGACAGGGGGCCUGGGACAUGAUUGACAGUCAAGUCUUCAAGGAACCAAAAAUGGAAGCUGAGUUGAUCACGAAGUUCUUGCCUAUGCUGAUGUCUUUUGUGGUGGAUGACUACACGUUCAAUGUAGAUCAGAAACUGCCCUCGGAGGAGAAGGGGCCAAUUCCCUACCCCAGCACCAUUCCUGAAGCUUUCACCAAAUUCUUGCAGGAGAACAGAAUAGCUUGUGAGAUUGGGCUGUAUUACAUCCUUCACAUCACUAAACAGAGGAACAAGAAUGCUUUCCUUAGGCUCCUGCCAGCCCUAGUUGAGACAUUCAGUGACUUGGCCUUCAGUGAUAUUUUUCUGCAUCUGCUUACUGGUAACCUCACGCUGCUGGGUGAUGAAUUUGCACUCGAGGAGUUCUGCACCAGUCUCUUUGAUGGCUUCUUUCUCACUGCCUGCUCAAGAAAGGAGAAUGUACAUAGACAUGUGCUAAGACUCCUGCUUCAUCUGCAUCACAAAGUGGCGCCUGCCAAAUUAGAGCCUCUCCAGAAGGCUUUGGAACCCACCAAGCAGAGUGGGGAAGCUGUGAAGGAGCUUUAUAACCAACUCACUGAGAAACUGGAGCUUCGCAAGCCAAGUCCAGCUGAAGUGACUGAGACUCCCUCCAUGGAACUGCCCUUGCCCACUGUGCCCACACCAGCCUCACGCUGAGCUAUGUCUGUAGUGCAAGAGUGAGACAGGAGAAGAACUAACCUAGCGCUCUGCAGCGUGAAGGCACUGUACUGCCUUUCAAGUGUCUCUGCCUCCAGGGUGGAAACAAAAAAAAGCCACUGAAGCUCUUUCAGGAAACACUGCAGUUUACCCAACUCACUGGCUGUUGCUGGUUAGAAAACUCUGUAUGCAGUGCAUUGCAAAGGUUUACUUUUCUUAAAGAUAGCUGAGUGUUGUCUUGUAGAUCCACUUAAAAUCUGACUACAUUUUUUUUUCAAAAAGAAAAUGCAUAUUUUUAAACUUGG